AUGCUUCCAGAUUCAACAGAAAGCUAUGAAACAAAACCAUUAUUAUAUUCAGAUGAACAAAAUGAAAUACUAACGAUAUUUGAUAAUGUAUUACCGAUUGAAUAUCAUUCAUGGGAAAAUUCAAUUAUCUAUCAUUCUAAUACUAUUAAUACAUUAAAAACAGAUGAAACAGGUUGGAUACCAACACGUGAAUGUCGAACAUUAGCUACUUAUCAAAAAGAAAUAUUAGGACGUAAUGUUGACUUUAUUGAAAAUAUUCGAUUUGACGAUCAUGAUCGUGCUAUGAAUUGGUAUUCAAUUUUUCCUUUUACUGAUACUGUAAUAUUAAAAAAUAUGAUGGAUAAUAAAAAUUUUCAAUUCGAUUUAAAUUAUAAAUCAAAAUAUAUCAAUCCUCAACAAGAUCCAACAGUAAUGGAAUUACCAAUUGAACCACCUGUAAUUCCUAUUCGAAAAGAAAAAACAACAACACAUUCGAAUAUUAAUUCUCUAAAGAAUAAUAAAGAGAAUCGUUUACGUCGAACACGAAAUGUUCUUGCUCGUGCAGGUCUAAUCGGUAUUUUACCUGAUACUCAUGAUGAUUAUCAUCACCAUCAUCAUCAUCAUCAUCAUUAUCGUGAUAAAAAUAAAGAAGAUAUUAAAGUUAAAUCUGUUAGUUUUUGGAAUUUAAGUAAUGAUUUUUAUUAUGAUUUCAAUGUUGAACAAGAAUUUCUAUCGAAACGACGAAUAAAUUCUUCGCAAAAUCUUGAUUUUAUAUUCUAUCCAAUAUUUCGUACGAUCAAUGAAUUACGUUAUUUUCAUCGUCCAUUAUUUGAUUUACCAAAUUAUCAUCAAUCUUGGAUAUGUAUUCAAUUAUCAAAUAUAAAAACUUUUAAUAAAUCUAUUCGGACAAAAUCCGAUUUAACUGGUGCAUAUGGUGAAAUACUUUUAUUUGAAUAUAGUGAACAAUAUCCAGCAUUAUUAAAUGAAAUAGGAAUGUUUAGUAAAAUUCGAACUUAUCUGCGACCGCAAUAUUUUAAAGCUCAUACAACUUCAUAUGAAGUUGAUUAUGGUGAAUUAAUAUAUACACAUGCAUCACCAUUUCUUUGGUCAAUUCCACGAGGUUUAAAUAUACAAACAAUAGAAAAUAAUAUGUUUAUAGCAUCAAUCUAUCGACAAAAAAAUUUAAUCAAUGAUUUUUUAAUAAUAUUUAAUCGAAAAAAUGGUUUUUUUAUUCGAAAUAUCAAUAUAAUUUAUAUUAUUGGACAACAAUGUCCAUUAAUUGAAGUUCCUAUACCACAAUCAAAACGUGUAAAUUUAUUUCAACGUGAUUUAUUACAAAUUUAUAUUUAUCGAUUAUUUUUACAAAAUAAUGAAAUGCCACGUCGAAUACGUAUUGAUGAUAUAAAACGAGUUUUUCCACGUUUAGCUGAAUCAUCUAUUCGUAAACGAUUAAAAACAAGCGCAGAUUUUCGAAGAACUGAUGAUUUUCGAUUACCAACAGAAGAUGAAAUACAUGAUUUAAUUAAACCUGAAUUUUGUUGUGCAUAUGCAUCUAUGACUGCAGCUGAACAGCGUUUGAAAGAUGCUGGUUUUUGUGAUAAAUACAAUAUUGAUUUUGAUGAUGAUGAACAAUCUAAUUAUUCGUCUGAACUUAACGAUGAAAUUUUACAAGCACCUUGGAAUACAACACGUGCAUAUCUUGGUGCAUUAAAAGGCAAAUGUUUAAUGCAAGUGUUUGGUAUUGGAACUAAGACUAUUCAUAAAACUAAAACUAAUAAUGAUUUAAAACACUUUCGUCGAGCUGUAACAGGUACUGAUGCAGAUCUUCGUCGUUUACAAUUAAAAGAUGCAAGAAAAUUAUUACUUAAAUUUAAUAUAUCGGAAAAAGUUAUUCAAUCAUUAAGUCGAUGGGAAAUUGUUGAUUUAGUUCGAACAUUAUCUACACAACAAGCAAAAGAAGGCAUUGGUGGUGGAAUGGCAAAAUUUGCUCGUGGUAUAAAACAUUUACAAGCUCAACAAUUUGAAAAAUAUAAAGAAAAUUGUCAAAAACAAUUUGAACUUCAAAAUCGUCUUUUCACAUGUACAGAUGAACAACUAACUGAUGAUGAUACAUCAGAAGACGAUGAGGAAAAUGCUCAAUUACUUGAUGAAAUGAGUCGAACAUUAGAAAAUCUCUUACGACAAAAUAAUGAAAUAAAUACAUCAACAUCAAUUUCAAACGAACGUCCAAAAAUGUUACAUAUUAUUCGAACUUAUAUUGACGAUCAAGGUCAAUCUUAUCAACAAGAAGAAUUUAUUCGAAAUAAUGAUUCAGUUAUUCAAGCAUAUAUUAAAAUUCGUCAGACUAAAAGUGAUAAAUUUAUUAAAGCUUAUUAUACAUUGGAUGAAAGUGAACGUGAAAUAUUAAAACGAGAACGUCGUCGUCUUCAAGAACAACUUCGUCGAGUAAAACGAAAUGAAGCACGUUAUAAUCAACAUGAAAAACAACAAAUGUUAUUACAGAUACAACAACAAAAUCUAGCAUUAAUUCAAUCAACUGAAACACGUCAGUUACAAUCAUUAUCGUCAUCUCCGAUCGUUUUAAAACGUUCAAAUAGUAUUCUUUCUAAUUUACAAUUAAGUUUGAGUGAAGAAGAAGAAGAAGAUGAUGAUGAUGAUGAUCAUUCUUCUUCAUCAAUAUCUUGA